AUGGCUUUACUCGAAAGCGUUUGUCCCGAUCUGAACCUUGUCUCACGCGGUAAGGUUCGUGAUUUGUAUCGCGUCGACGAUGACUCACUGCUUUUUGUCGCGACGGAUCGCAUAAGCGCUUUUGAUGUCAUUAUGAAGAACGGCAUUCCAGGGAAAGGAAAGAUUCUUACACGAAUAAGCGUGUUUUGGUUUAAUUUUCUUAAAGACGUUGUCCCGAACCACCUGAUUACCUCGGAUUUUGCAAAAAUGCCAGCGAUUGUGCAAAAGUACAAAGAUCAACUUGAGCACCGGUGCUUACUGGUAAAAAAUUUAAGAGUUUUCCAGGUUGAAGCUAUUGUGCGAGGUUACAUCACUGGCUCCGCUUGGUCCGAAUACAAAAGGAAGGGAAGCGUAUGUGACAUUCCUCUUCCCGAAGGAUUAUUAGAGUCCCAAUGCUUUGAUCGAGCAUUAUAUACACCAAGCACAAAGGCCGAAAUUGGUCAACAUGACGAAAAUAUCCAUCCGAGCAAAGUACCUGAGAUAAUUGGGGAGGAAUUUGCCCGAGAUAUAACCGAGCUUUCGAUUAAAUUGUAUUCGAAGGCAAAAGAUUACGCAAUUGAAAAAGGAAUUAUUAUCGCCGAUACCAAAUUCGAAUUUGGCGCUGACACCAACGGAAAGAUAUAUCUCGUCGACGAGGUCCUCACACCUGACUCUUCACGAUUUUGGCCCUCCUCUAAUUAUGCGGUUGGCAGAGGUCAAGAAAGUUUUGACAAACAAUAUGUUCGCGAUUAUUUAACGAGCAUUGGGUUUGACAAGAAAACUGGCAUUGACUUGCCCGAUGAUGUUGUACGACAGACACAGGAAAAAUACGUCGAGGCAUAUAGGCUAUUAACAGGAUUCGAGCCAGAUUUUUUAUAA